GGAUAAUUUGCAAAAAAGAGGAGAAGAAGGGAGGAGGAAGAAAAAAUAUGAGCACCCUUCUGCUGUAAUCCCAAUUAACUUUGCUCGCCGGCUCUUUCUCUGGGGUUUUGUUUGGUUAAAACCCCAGCGGUCUUAUCCUCCUUCUUCAACUUUCUCAGAAAUGCUACUACUCUCCCAAUUUCAUGCGCUAUAACACCAACGUCUUAGCCUUCAUCACCGCCCUAUUAUGUAUACUACUGCUACUACUACUCCAUUCUUCACUUCCCCUACUCCUCAAAAUCCAUUCUUCAAUCGCCCUAAUAACCGAAUCCGCUUGAAAAAAUUCCCUAUCAAAUCUUCCUGUGAAGGAGAUAAACCCAAAAAUUCUCUUCUACUUCCUAUAACUUCAGCUCCAGCUAGACUUCUUCUAGAGUGUUCUAUCACCAAAAAAGACACAAUAAUACCAGAUAGGUAUAAUAAUGGCCAAAAUCUUCUGAAACCCAUUGUAAAGCCUUUAGUCUACACAUUAUUCUCUAUUGCUUUUGCAUUCUGCCCCAUUCUAGGAUUUCAAUUGCCUCCUGCUAUUGCUGCUCCGCCCGCUGCAGCUGAGCUGAUUAACAAAACAAAAAAGAAAGGUAGUAGUAAAGGGGAAGAGAAGGAUGGCACUAGACAUGUAUAUUCACAUUGUACUAAGAGAUUGUUAGAGACUGUCUCGGGGUUGCUUAAAGUGAUAGAGGAGGUGAAGUCCGGUAAAGAGGAUGUAAAAUGCGUGGAGGGAAAGCUAAAAGAUGUGAAAAUGAAGAGGAAGGAGUUGCAAGAGGAGAUCAUGAAUGGUCUCUAUGUGGAACUGAGAUUAUUAAAUAGCGAAAAAGGCGUGUUGGUCAAGCGUUCGGAGGAGAUUAUUGAUGUAGUGCUGAAGAUUAAGAGGGAGGAGGAAGGUUUAUUGAAGAAGGCUAAGGGAAAUGAAGAUGCAGUAGUAAAGGGAAAAGUUGCGAUAUUGGAUGAGGAAGUGAGACGGAGUGAGGAGGAAUAUAAUGGAUUGUUGGAAAGGAUUGCUGAGAUAGAUGAUGAGAUUAUGAGGAGAGAAACACUUGCAUUGAGCAUUGGUGUAAGGGAGCUUGCAUCUAUUGAGAGGGAGUGUGAAAUCUUGGUCAAGGAGUUUCUAAGGAAAAUGAGGCUGGAAAGCAUCAAGAGUGUGCCUGAAAACUCUCUCACCAAGCUUUCUAGAUCUGAGAUAAAAGAAGAGCUGCAAACUGCCCAAAGACAAUUAUUAGAGCAGAUAGCUCUACCCAGUGUUUUGGAAAAUGAAGAGAAUGUACUCCUUUUUGAUCAAGACUCUAUGGUAUUUGCUCAGCGAAUAGAACAAACACUUAAGAACUCCAGAGAGAUGCAACAGAGUCUCGAGAGUCGUAUUAAGAAAAAAAUGAAGAGAUAUGGUGAUGAAAAACGUUUUGUUGUAAACACGCCAGCGGAUGAAGUUGUUAAGGGUUUCCCUGAGAUUGAAUUAAAGUGGAUGUUUGGAAACAGGGAGGUCAUAGUUCCAAAGGCCGUUAGCCUCCAUUUGCAUCAUGGUUGGAAGAAAUGGCGUGAGGAUGUUAAAGCAGAGCUCAAGAGGGAUUUGCUGGAGAAUGCUGAGCAUGGUAAAAAGUACAUGGCUGAAAAACAGGAAAGGAUCCUCCUGGAUCGGGAUAGAGUGGUGGCAAAAUCAUGGUACAAUGAAGAAAGAAAUAGGUGGGAGAUGGAUCCUGUGGCUGUUCCCUAUGCCGUGUCCAAGAAGCUUCUUGAGAGUGCUAGAAUCAGACAUGACUGGGCUGCCAUGUAUGUUAUGUUGAAGGGAGAUGACAAAGAGUAUUAUGUUGAUAUCAAGGAAUAUGAUAUGAUUUAUGAAGAUUUUGGAGGUUUUGAUGCCUUGUACCUGAGAAUGCUUGCUUCAGGUAUCCCGACUGUGGUUCAGCUGAUGUGGAUUCCUUUCUCAGAACUGGACUUCCGCCAACAAUUUCUCUUGGUCACAAGACUCUGUCUUCAAUGUCUAAAUGGAUUGUGGACUCUGAGAAUUGUUUCUCGCGGAAGAGACUGGAUUGUGGAGAAAGUUAGAAACAUAAAUGAUGACAUCAUGAUGAUGAUUGUUUUCCCUACUGUGGAAUUUGUCAUCCCUUAUCGGGUGAGGAUGCGGCUGGGUAUGGCUUGGCCAGAGUAUGUCGAUCAAUCUGUUGCCUCAACUUGGUACUUGAAAUGGCAAUCUGAGGCUGAAAUGAGUUUCAGAUCAAGAAAAAAAGAUGAAUUGCAGUGGUAUCUCUGGUUCUUGAUUAGAACUGCAAUAUAUGGCUAUGUAUUGUAUUAUGUGAUACGCUUUAUGAAGAGGAAAAUUCCACGGCUUCUUGGUUAUGGACCUUUAAGGAGAAACCCCAACUUACGGAAGCUGCAGAGAGUGAAAGCAUAUUUUAGAUUUAGGACGAGGAAAAUAAAGCGAAAGAAGAAGGCAGGCGUUGAUCCAAUCAGUACUGCUUUUGAUCAGAUGAAGAGGGUGAAGAAUCCCCCUAUACGUUUGGAUGACUUUGCAAGCAUUGAUUCUAUGAGAGAAGAAAUUAAUGAAGUCGUAGCAUUUUUGCAAAACCCUCGUGCUUUUCAAGAAAUGGGAGCUCGCGCCCCUCGGGGAGUUCUUAUUGUAGGGGAGAGAGGAACUGGAAAGACAUCCCUAGCACUAGCAAUUGCAGCAGAAGCUAAGGUGCCUCUUGUUGAAGUUAAAGCCCAGCAGUUAGAGGCUGGUUUAUGGGUUGGCCAAAGUGCAUCAAAUGUUAGAGAGCUGUUUCAAACAGCACGUGAUCUGGCCCCUGUAAUCAUAUUUGUGGAGGAUUUUGACCUCUUUGCUGGAGUCAGAGGGAAGUUUAUCCACACUAAAAAGCAGGACCAUGAAGCCUUCAUCAAUCAACUCUUGGUGGAACUUGAUGGGUUUGAAAAACAGGAUGGUGUGGUCUUGAUGGCUACUACUAGAAAUCUCAAGCAAAUCGAUGAGGCGUUGCAACGUCCUGGUCGGAUGGAUAGGAUAUUCCGUCUUCAGCGGCCUACUCAAGCAGAAAGAGAAAAGAUACUUACGAUAGCUGCAAAAGGAACUAUGGAUGAAGAACUUAUAGAUUUUGUAGAUUGGAGAAAGGUUGCAGAGAAAACAGCUCUUUUGCGUCCAAGUGAACUGAAACUUGUUCCCGUGGCCUUGGAAGGUAGUGCCUUUCGAAGCAAAUUCCUGGACAUAGAUGAGCUUAUGACCUACUGCAGCUGGUUCGCGACCUUCAGCAGCCUUGUCCCGAAAUGGUUAAGGAAGACCAAAGCUGUAAAGCAAUUAAGCAGAAUGCUGGUGAAUCAUCUUGGAUUGACAUUAACGAAAGAGGAUCUAGAAAAUGUUGUUGAUCUGAUGGAGCCUUAUGGUCAAAUAAGCAAUGGAAUCGAAUUGCUAAAUCCUCCUCUUGAUUGGACAAUGGAAACAAAGUUUCCGCAUGCUGUUUGGGCUGCCGGUCGGAGUUUAAUUGCUCUUCUUCUACCAAACUUCGAUAUUGUGGAUAAUCUGUGGCUCGAGCCUUUCUCGUGGGAGGGAAUUGGGUGUACUAAGAUCACCAAAGCUAAAAAUGAAGGUUCUAUCAGUGGGAAUGUUGAAUCAAGAUCAUAUCUUGAAAAAAGACUAGUUUUUUGCUUUGGUUCUUAUGUUGCGGCGCAGCUAUUGCUUCCAUUUGGGGAAGAAAACAUUCUUUCUUCAUCAGAGCUGAAGCAGGCACAAGAGAUAGCUACAAGGAUGGUGAUUCAAUAUGGUUGGGGCCCCGAUGAUAGUCCUACGAUUUACCAUCAUGGCAAUUCGGUCACAGCUUUGAGUAUGGGAAACCAUUUUGAAUAUGAGAUGGCUGCAAAAGUGGAAAAGAUAUACUAUAUGGCUUAUGAUAAAGCAAAACAAAUGCUACAGAGAAAUCGAGAAGUGCUAGAGAAGAUUGUAGAGGACCUGCUCAAGUAUGAAAUCUUGACAAGAAAGGAUCUGGAGAGAAUUCUUGCUGACAAUGAUGGGCUGCGUGAAAAAGAACCAUUCUUCCUUUUGAAAGCAAAUAAUGAGCCUGUGCUAGAUAAUUUCCUCGAAGAAAACGGGAAAGCUUCAUCAAUGGCAUUUCUAACAGCUGCAAAUUAAAUAGGAAUGUCACAUAUCACCUUAUGGCACGUUCAUGCUUGCAGUUGUCCACCGUCUGAUUUGGAUAUUUUAGCACAUGCAUUUAUUUAGCCAUUUAUCAAUGUAAGAUGUAAAUUCUUUUCCUCCUUUUUCUUUUAAUUUCUUUAUUUUUUCAUUUAUGUUUUCUUUCUUUUUAUUUUAUUUUAUUUAUCUUUUGCUCUGCCUCUUCAUGAGGAGUAAGAAGAGGGUUUGGAGAAAAAGGUAAAUAGGGGUACGUGCUGGAUAGGGCAAUACUACACUUUGUAGAUUCAGGUUGAGAAGAGAUGGCAUCCAUUUUUCCUUCUCAUCUUGGAUGAGAUUUUGUUUAUUUUCUUAAUAUAUAUUUUGCUAAUUUUAUUCUAGGAAAAGUUUAUUUAGUACUAGUAAGAAUCUUUUUGCCUUGCUCUGUACACAAUUACUUGAGCUGAUAAAUUACUGUCAGUUUCUAGGGUUUGGAAAGCAAUGCCACCAGAAUUCUAUUGAAAUGCAUUAAUUUUUAGAAAA